UUCCCCACUUUUCUUUUGGGUCUGCAGUUUGUAGCUCUUGACAUUACCGAGGACCUGGAGGUGGGGGCUGAGGCUGUGAAGGACCACAGAGAGCUGGUGCCUUGUGAGAGAGUGUGGGUAUACUGUCUUUGAAGUUUGUGUGAUGGUUUUGUGGCCUCGUGUGGGGACCGACGUAUUGAGUUGUUUGGGUGUUGUUGCAGAUGAGUUUGAGUUUCUUAGCAAGCGGAGUGUGAGAGGCGAGUUUCGGUUGUUGUGUCAUGAUGCAGAGGCUUGCGAAGUUCGCGCAGGCUCAGGGAGGACUCUGUCAGGGAGUGUUCUUCAGCAUGUUCGGGUGGGGGGAUCGGCAUUGGGUUUUGGCAUCCAGACGCGGAGGGAAUCGGGACAGAUUGAGACUAGGGAGAGCUUGGUGGAGCACAGGUUUGAGAGCACCACAAUUGCCGAUGUCCUGAAGGACAAGGGUCAAAAGGCCGAUGGUUCCUGGUUGUGGUGCAGUGUGGAAGAUACAGUAUACGAUGCCGUCAAGUCGAUGACUGCAAACAAUGUGGAGGCAUUGCUGGUGGUGAAGUCGGGCACGGAGAAAAUGCUUGCUGGAAUCAUUACUGAGAGAGUCAAAACCUCGCGAAAUUUGGUCACGUUCGAUCAAAGGGUGAAGCUGAUGGAAAUGAUUGUACUAUAUUAUGAUGAUCCAUAUCUCCUUUUUAUGCAGAACAAGCUCAUAACUGUGAGUCCGGAUACUAAAGUGCUGCGUGCCAUGGAGCUGAUGACCGAUAACCGGAUUCGGCACAUUCCAGUAGUGGAGGAUAAGAAAAUGAAGGGUAUGGUGUCUAUUGGUGACGUGGUUCGCGCAGUAUUGGACGAGCACCGCGAGGAGCUUCAGAGCCUGAACUCUUACAUUCAGGGCGGCUAUUAGAAAUCGCUACUAUGGUGUCCUUCCUAAAACCUAUGCAAUGGCGAGGGGUUUCGUACACCCAGUUAUUAGAAGUCAACCGAGCUCCGACAAGAAACGAUGCCCAGGCUAGAGAAACAUGAGUAGCAACGUACUAAGCCAGAAAAAAAAAAAAAAAAAAAAAAAAAAAAAACUUAUCGGCGAAUGUUCAGAACGUAGAGCAACUGGAAGACCUAAAUUGGGUUGAAUGUAGUUACGUGGUUCAUGUUUCCUGGUAGUGAAGCGGUUUGUCUUCUGGUCAGUGAUGCUUAAGCUCUGUUACGAUGGGUGUAACAAUUGAUGCACAAGAUCUUUAAUUUUGUCUUGUGCAAUGAAUGAGUUAUGGGAUAUUAAUGCUUUUUUAGGUCAAAA